AGCUGUGGCCGCGGUGGGGUUCUGUCCGCGCGGAGCGGGAAGCGCAGUCCGCCGUCGGACGGCGCGGACUUCCGUCGGUGCCGGCCCGCCCGCCCGCCGGUCCCGUCCCCCCACCCCCACCGCCGCGGUCAGCGCCGUCGGCAGUGCGCGCGCCCCGGCCGCCGGGUCGGUAUUCGGUGCCAGAGACCGACAGUGACGCGCCGGGGGUCGGGUGAGCGGUGUCGGCCGGACGGAGGACACUGAUAGUGCGCGGACGGACGCCGGGCCUGUGCGCAGCUUCCUCCGGGACUCCUGCCAAGGCGGCGCCGGGGCGCCAUGCUGCCGCGGCUGCUGGCCCGCCUGCUGAGGACCGCGCUCGUCUUCCUGCUGGUGCUGGCCUUCCUGUUGCUGCAGCUGCACUCGCCGGCGCCGUCGGCGGCCCCGGCCGGCGCCGAGCCCUCCGAGGGCAGCUCGCCGUCGGAGCCGUCAUCGUCGCCGGUCAGCACGGCGCCGCCGCCGCCCACCACGCCGCUGUCGCCCUGGCUGGCCGGCACCGUGGAGCGGCUCAACGACGAGCAGGUGGUGCGCGCGCCCGGCGGCGGCGAGCCGGCGCCCCUGCAGCCCUCCGACGUGGUGAUCGUGAUCCAGGUGCACACGCGCCUCGACUACCUCCGCCAGCUGAUCGGCAGCCUGCGAGCGGCGCGCGGCAUCGAGACCGUCCUGCUCGUCUUCAGCCAUGACGUGUUCGACGAGGCGGUGAACGCCGAGGUGCGCCGCGUGGACUUUUGCCGGUUCAUACAGGUGUUCUACCCGUUCUCGCUGCAGCUGCAUCCGCACACGUUCCCGGGCCAAUCAGCGCAGGACUGUGCCAGGGACAUGACGAGAGACAGGGCUGUGAAGGCUGGCUGUGUGAACGCCCUCUAUCCGGACAAGUACGGCCACUACCGAGAGGCACGGUUCACACAGACCAAACAUCACUGGUGGUGGAAGGCCAACAGGGUGUUUGACCAGCUCGAGUUCACCAAGAACCACUCGGGCCUGUUCCUGUUUCUGGAGGAGGACCACUACGUGGCGCCCGACUUUCUGCACGUGCUGCAGCUGAUGUCGGAGGCGCGGCCGCAGCACUGUCUGCACUGCAACAUCCUGUCGCUGGGCACCUACCUCAAGGUGUACAACUACCGCGCCGACACGGCCAGGGUUGAACUGACCCAGUGGUACGGCUCCAAGCACAACAUGGGCAUGGCGUUUAACCGUACCACAUGGCGCAUGCUGCGCUCGUGUACGUCGCUAUUCUGCUCGUUCGACGACUACAACUGGGACUGGAGCGUGCAGUACAUCUCGCAGACGGGCUGCACCGGCCAGAAGCUGCACGCCAUGCUCAUCAAGGCGCCGCGGGUCUUCCACAUCGGAGAGUGCGGCGUGCACCACCGGGGCAAGAACUGCGACAAGUUCUCGCUGCUGAAGCGCGUGUCGGCCACACUGCUGUCGGCCAGUCGCUACCUCUUCCCGCCGCGCAUCACCGCCUACCUCGCCAUCACGCGCCGGCUGAAGCUGAUCAAGGGCAACGGCGGCUGGGGCGACCCGCGCGACCACUACAUGUGCACCACGCUACGGCUGCCCAACAGCACCUGGACGUGGCCGCAGCCGCGGCCGGAGCCGGCCAAAGCGGCGGCGCCGGCGGCGGCGCGGAGGGCCUGGAGACGCCGCGGCGUGCCCGGCUCCUGAUACGGCCCCAGCCGACGGCCGAUGGCCUGCCGCGGCGGCUGGAGGGGCUGCUCCGUGCACGCUGGGGGCGCUGAUCGCUGAGACAGCACCGAUCGCUGAGACGGGCCUCCGGAGGGGCUGUAGGGGCUGCUCCGUGCACGGCGGCCGCGCCGAGCGCUGACACGGGCCUCCAAGGGGGAUGGAGGACUGCUCCGUGCACGGCGGAAGCCCCGACCGCUGGGACGGGCCGCGGUGGAUUGAGAGGCUGCUCCGUGGACGGACCACGUCUGGAGGGUCUGCUCUGUGCACGCUGGGGAUGCUGAACGCUCAGACAGGCCGCGGCGAACUGCGAAGUGAACAGGUCUAGUCGUGAGCGGCGGAUGGUGGGCGAGUGGGAGUGACGGUGCGCGAACGCGGCUGUGUGAACGUUAGCGCAGAUGUGUCCAAGUUUGUGAUGUAAGCCAUGCUUGCUGUACAGUUGAGCAUUGUUGUGCGUGUUUUGUGAGUGUUGCGCUGAGCGCUCCAAUAUCUGAAUACCAAAUACUGCACUGUGCUGCAAAUAAUCGGUGGAAUGCACUCAUGAGUGUAGCGCAUGAGUAACUAACCAUGGAAGGCCGCGUGUGGCUUUGCUCGAUGCCUUCAUUCCAUGUCCCGAGCCAGUCUAGCUCAGAGCCAAAGAGCGUCCCCUGGUCGAGAAGAUGGGUUCCGCCACUCACCGUGCUAUGGAACAGGUUUUCAUGAGAGCGCGUCCGUGGACUGUGGAGUGACGAAAGGCCUGUCCUGGGUCACCGUUUUUAUUAUCAGUCUGUAGACUGAAUGUCUGUAUGCAUCCUCGGCGUAUCCGUGCAACGUGAAGCUCCUUUGCCGCCUGCUGUCUCCGUGCACCACGCAUCGCAGGCUUCUCGAAGACAGGAUCUUGUGCGCGAGAUCCUCAGGCCUCUUAUGGACAGGGCGUUUUGGAUGGGAUAUUUAGGUGAGUGUGUAUCACUUUCACAACUGCUGGGCAGUGUACUUCUGUUCGUUUUUAGCAUGUCUUGAGUUUGCCACUUUUUAUCCUUUACUUGGGAGCACCCACCACAUUGAUGUGUAACGACGGACGACACUGUUUUCUUAGUGAGACGGUGUCUAGCUAACAUUCGAGCGAUACAAUGCUGUUUUCACCAUGUCAUGCAUUCAUUUACGUAGAUAUGCAGUUCCUAAAUAUGCUCUCAUACCAAGGCAAUGAUGAUGUAAUGUAAUAACUACUGAUGCCGUGCUAUGUACCCUGGGUCGCGCCUGCUGCCUUUGGUUAGGGCUCAUUGUUUAUUAUUCGCACCUUUAUGCCGGGUUCACGUCGUAUCAGCAGGGUUGGGUCAUGACACAAGUGCUUGCGAGUCGACCUGCAACAACGCGAUAAGGAGUCGCUAAUGUGACUCCAACUCCCGUUAGUGAUCCGAGCGGAGGACGGGCAGUGUGUGCGCUGGGGGAGCCAUCUAUGCACGGGGAGGGCGCUCGUCUCACUGGGGUUCUGUGAGCUGUGUUGCACGGUGUCGUCUGGUCCCGUCUCGUCGGUCAGGGUGCGCCCAGUACCAGCACGGAGAGACGGUGUCCCGUCGGGGGACCGUCAUCCUGCCGGAUCCGACACACGAUACAUGGUGGUCCGGUGCUGCGAACAGUUCUGAAAUGUGAUAUCUGAGCCAUGUCUGAAGAUGAUAAUGAGAGAUUGAAUACAUAACUGUAUGGUGAAAA